AUGCGAACUACCACGUACAACCUAAACCACUACGUACAACCCGAACUAUCGAGGAAAACACGAACUACCACGUACAACCUAAACCGCCACGGACAACCCAAACCACCACGUACAACCCGAACUAUCGAGGAAAACGCGAACUACCACGUACAACCUAAACCGCCACGGACAACCCAAACCACCACGAACAACCCGAACUCCACGUACAACCCGAACCACCAAGGACAUCCAGAACCACCACACAAUGUGCAACUCGAACCGCCACGGACUAGCCGAACAACCACACCACAGACAACCCGAACCACCACGGACAACCCGAACCACCACGGACAACCAGAAUAUCACGGACAACCAAACCACUAUGUACAACCCAAACCACCACAUCACGUACAACCCGAACCACCAAGGAUAACCCGAACCACCACAUACAUCCCGAACCACCUCUGGCAACCCGGACUACCACAUACAACCCGAACCACCACGGACAACCCGAACCAUCACAUAUUAGAUACGCCACGUACAACCCGAACUACCACAGACAAUGCGAACUACCACGUACAAUCUGUACCGUCAAGGACAACCCGAACCACCACGGACAACCCAAACCACCAUGUACAACCCGAACCGCCACGCCACGAACACCUCGAACCACCACGGACAACCCAAACCACCAUGUACAACCCGAACCGCCACGCCACGAACACCUCGAACCACCACGUACAACCCAAAUCACCACACCACGUACAACCCGAACUAACUCGGACAAUGCGAUCUAUCACGUACAACCUGAACCGUCACGGACAACCCGAACCGUCACGGACAACCCGAACCACCACGGAUAACUUGAACAUCUACGGACACCUUUAA